AUGAGCAAAUCACGACGCAAAGAAACGAGCAUAUCAGAGGAGACCAUGCCAUUUACCGAGGUAAAAGAGUCUGCUGCUGUAACGACGCCAGAUAGAGAUACUGGUGCCGAGGUAGCGGACCAGGAGCAGAAGAAGAUACAGCGAAAGCAUUUGAAAAAGAAAAAGAAGCAGCGAGAUGAGGCUGAAAGUGCUGAAAAAGAAGAGGAAGUGCCCGUAAAGACAGAGGUAGACGACAAGCAGGAUGAGGAGACGGAGCAUGCGAUUGCUGAAGCCGCCAACCUCGGAUUGACCGAGGUAGACGAGCGCUACUUUUCUAGCGAGGAGUUCGCAUCACUACCGCUAUCCGAGCCCACGCGCAAGGCUCUGACUGACAUGGGCUUUACUAAGAUGACCAAAAUACAGUCCAAGUCGAUUCGACCGCUGUUGGCUGGUCAAGAUUUGCUGGGUGCAGCCAAGACAGGUUCUGGUAAGACGCUGUCUUUUCUAAUUCCGGCGGUGGAGCUACUGCACAAGGUGCGCUUUACGGCGCGCAAGGGCACGGGCUGUAUUGUUAUAUCUCCGACGCGCGAGCUGGCGCUGCAAAUAUAUGGCGUUGUGCGCGAUAUUUGCAAAUACCAUUCGCAGACACACGGUAUCGUUAUGGGCGGUGCCAACCGUCGUGCUGAGGCUGAGCGCCUGGUAAAGGGCGUAAAUAUACUGAUCUCUACGCCUGGUCGUCUGCUGGAUCACUUGCAGAACACUAAGGCUUUCAUUUAUCACAACCUGCAGAUUCUCGUGAUUGAUGAGGCCGACCGCAUACUUUCUAUUGGUUUUGAAGAGGAAAUGCGCCAGAUCAUUAAGUGUAUUCCAAAGGAGCGCCAGACCAUGCUAUUUAGUGCUACGCAGACGAAGAAGGUGGAGGACCUUGCUCGAUUAUCAAUUAAAGAAAAGCCAGUGUAUGUCGGCGUAGAAGAGGAAGACACCAAUGCUACGGUGGCUACGCUUGAACAGGGUUACUUUUACGGCGAACUUCUCAAUUACAUUGACAUUCCUGUACUGGACAUUCACGGAAAGCAAAAACAAAACAAGCGUACGACAACAUUCUUCCAGUUUUGUAACGCGAAGACCGGUAUUUUGCUCUGUACGGAUGUAGCGGCGCGUGGUCUUGACAUUCCGGCUGUGGACUGGAUUAUUCAGUUUGACCCUCCUGAUGAUCCGCGCGAGUACAUUCACCGCGUGGGUCGUACCGCUCGCGGUGCUAAAGGAAAAGGUAAGGCACUGCUUAUGCUUUUGCCUGAUGAGCUUGGUUUUCUUAAGUACCUGAAGGCUUCAAAGGUGGCGCUUAAUGAGUAUGAGUUUCCUCUUUCGAAGAUUGCUAAUGUUGAAUCUCAGCUCAUGAAACUCGUGGAGAAGACGUAUUACCUGCACAAAUCGGCCAAAGAUGCAUACCGUGGAUAUUUGCUGGCGUACGCCUCGCACUCGUUGAAGGGCAUUUUUGAUGUCGGUCGUCUUGAUAUGCAAGGGGUGGCCAAGUCUUUCGGACUACAGGUUCCGCCUAAGGUGACUCUUCCUGUGAAGACGAGCGGCAAGAUUGGUAAGCGCAAGGGUACUUCGUUUGAUAAUGAUCGUGGUGGCAAGUUCCAGCGCUCAGGCCACGCAUUUAGUGCCGACAAUCCAUACGGCAAGCGGGCAUCUGGUGACAAGCGCCAGUUUGCUCACUAA